UAUAUGGAUAUGUCGAUAGUCAGUUCGAUAUAGAUAGUUCUAUAGUUUCAGUCAGUUUAAGAAGCUUCACGUGUUUAUAUGUAUAUAUAUAUAUAUAUGUAUAUGUAUAUAUAUAUAUCUAUUUUUUCUUCAAAUUGUUAAGGUGUCAUAAAAGGCCGUUAUAAUAAUCGAAUAAAAAUAAUGGCUGGGGUAUUCGAUAUUGAAUUGCACGAAGGUGAUAACGUAAAUCAGGAUGAAUCCGACGACGAUGUUAUUGAGACCAGAGAGGAAGAAUAUAGUCAUGCCUCAAAUGUAGACACAAUGUUGGAAUCUGAUAAUUUGGAAAGAGUACAAUUGUCAGAACAAAAUGUUAAUCCGGGACAAGAGAAGACAGGUCCCCAGGAUUUUGAAUUAUGUAAAAUCCUUGGUGAGGGAGGAUAUGGAAAAGUUUUUCAAGUUAGGAAAGUUACAGGCCAAGAUAAAGGCAGCAUUUUUGCUAUGAAAGUAUUACGUAAGGCAUCUAUUAUAAGAAACCAAAAAGAUACAGCGCAUACUAAAGCAGAGAGAAAUAUAUUAGAAGCUGUCAAACAUCCAUUUAUUGUUAAUUUAAUGUAUGCUUUUCAAACUGGAGGUAAAUUAUAUUUGAUUUUGGAAUAUUUAUGCGGUGGAGAACUUUUUACAUAUUUGGAUCGAGAAGGCAUCUUUUUAGAAGAUACAGCAUGUUUUUAUUUAUCCGAGAUUAUACUUGCCCUGCAACAUCUUCAUAAUCAAGGAAUCAUAUAUAGAGAUUUAAAACCAGAAAAUAUUUUAUUGGAUGGAGAAGGUCAUGUAAAAUUAACUGAUUUUGGCCUUUGUAAAGAACAUAUACAAGAUGGUACAGUGACUCAUACAUUCUGCGGAACCAUAGAGUACAUGGCUCCUGAGAUCUUGACAAGAAGUGGGCAUGGAAAAGCUGUUGAUUGGUGGAGUUUAGGUGCUUUGAUGUUUGAUAUGCUCACAGGAAUGCCUCCAUUCACCGGAGAUGAUAGAAGAAAAACAAUUGAAAAAAUAUUAAGAGGAAAAUUAUGUCUUCCACAAUAUCUUACACCCGAUGCAAGAGAUCUAAUUCGUAAACUGUUAAAGAGGCAAGUUGGUCAAAGAUUAGGAUCUGGACCUGAAGAUGCAGAGCAAAUAAUACAUCAUAAUUUUUUUAAACAUAUUAAUUGGGAAGAUGUUAUUUCACGAAAAUUGGAACCUCCAUUUAAACCAUCACUGAAAAGUGCAGAUGAUACAUCACAAUUUGAUGAACAAUUCACUGCAACCAUUCCAGUAGAUUCGCCUGUUGAGAGCACUUUAAGCGAAUCCGCAAAUAUGAUAUUUCAAGGUUUUACAUAUGUGGCGCCAAGCGUUUUAGAAGAAAUGUAUACACAACCAAGAGUUAUAAAUGCUAGGAGUCCACGCAGAGAACUUUUAAAUACUGGUUUUAGUGGUAGUCUUCACAGUUUAUCACCAAGGACUCCAGAAACGCACCUUCGUACGCCUUCUCAGUUUCAUCAACUUAGGCAUCAUAUAGUAGGGCACAAUAACAUAGAAGAUACUGAAAUGAUGGACGUUGGUCGACUACAGAAUCAUUUAUAGUGGUCAGUGUUUAAUAAUGCAAACUUAUAGGACAUUAUUGAACUUCCAAAAUUAUAUUGCAGAAUUAAUGUUUCUGCUAUGAAAAAUUGGUUAUGCAAUGAUCUGCAUAAUUGGGUCUGUAAAGGUCCAAGAUGCACAUUUAGCUAAUUUUUCAGUUUCUAUAAAUAUAUAUGUGUAUGUAUGUUAUGUAUAUGUGUAUAUAUAUAUAUAUACACAUAUAUACAUAUAUAUGAUGGAAAUUAUGAUAAAAUAUUAACUUUUUGCUACAGAGGCAGUAAUGUUAAUUAUAUACUGCUCUUAUAGAACAUAUAAUUAUUGAAGUGAUGAAAUAUAAAUUUGAAGUAUAUACAUAUAAUGAAAUAUGUAUUUUACAUAUCACCACAUAUUGGUUUUGUGAUUAUUCUUCAUUUCAAUCAGGAAUAAUAUAUUUACAUGCAUGAAAACAGAUGUGAUGAAAAUGGGGAAUUAUAUUACAAUAAGUUACUCCAAGUGCUCUCUUUUUCUCUCUCUCUCUCUCUUUCUCUCUCUCUCUCUCUUUCUCUUUAAUUGGUGUAUUAAAUAUAUCAAUAAUAUUAAAUAUUAAUAAUCCAGUAUAAAAAUAAUUUUAAAAAAAAACGAAAAUAAAAAUGAGAAUUGCAAGGAAAGACAAAUUCAAAUUCUCAUUCAAAUUACAAUUCUAAUUAAUAUAAAUAUAAGAACAAAUAACCUAGUGAAGAUAAAUAUAAAUUAAAAAGAUUAAGAGUGGAUUAUGAUAAAUGAAUUAUGUCUAAAUUAGAUAUUAGACUAGUAUCAAGAAUAAUCUUCAAAAUCAAUGUUUAGUGGGACGUAAAAAACAUGUUUUAAUAUACAUAAAAUCAAUAUUUCAUCGUGUUAUAAUAAAAUAUAAACUUUGUGCUAUAAGAAUAUUAACGCUAAUCAUGCUUAAUAACUUCAUAAAAUAUUGUAAAACAGGAGUUAUGCAUCAUAUGUUUUAUGUAGCUGCUCACUGGAUACUAUUCUGUAAUAUAUGAGAUAAUAAUGUCGUUAGUUAAUGAUACAAUAAUUAUGAACAAAUUAAUUACUAUUCAAACAGAAUUUUAACUGCCCAAUAUUCAUAGCUGUUGUUCUCAGGUAGUGUUACACAGUUUGAUAUUUAUACUUUAUUCUAUUUAGAAGUAAAAAGGAGGAAAAUGGAAAAAAUGCAAAUGAAAAACAGAGUUUAAUGUAAGUAAAAAGAUUGUUAUUAUUAACACUUUCUUGAUAUUAAAUUAAUAAGAAUGAAAUAACACUACUUUGCAAAUACAAUUUAAAUAGUAUUCUUAUCACACUUCUAUGUCAAAAGAUUGAAUAUAUUUGAAAGGUACAAAGUGUAGUAAAUAAACGUAUUUUAUUGUGAAAUAAAUGCUUUAUUAUUAUAUUGCAUCCAUUUACACAAUGAUAGGAAUAAAGUAGUAUAUCAUGUUUAUCUUUUUUAUCACACACACAUAUAUAUAUAUAU